AUGGACAAAGAACGACCGACCCGCAAGAGACCACGUGCAUUUGAUUCAUUCAUGAAACAGCAAGCGGCUUGUGAAGAAAGAGCGACUCAUGCCGGCAGUUUACUAAAAAUUAUUUAUCUACUAACUCCACAACUUCGUAGUUUCACCGUAAGUAGAUGUGAGAAUGUCGAUAAGGCGCUUUGCCAGUUUAUACACCCUCAAGAUUUUCUUGAGAUACUUCAUUUUAUUAAAAAACAUUGGAAUGAUGUAUUUGCCCCGCAAUGCUAUUAUACACAAGGUCAAAAGAGAAUUAUAUACCAAGGUAUAAGCACAAGAAAUCGAAUCUGUCAUCAAGAAUUCCAAGCAGUGGAAUAUAUUCGUUCACUGGACAAACUGAAAAAAUUAGCAUUUAUGAUUAACGACCUAGAAUUAAUCAGUUUAAUCAACGACGACUUCAGAAGAGUCAGUGGCAAUCAUGGUCCGUUACCUGGUCAGGUGAUAGCUCAAAUGGACAAAUGUGGUUACGAACCUCAAGGAUUCGAUGGCCUCGAUCCUGGCCUUGAAGGAGACGAUCGUCUCCGAUUUGACACACCUGAAGAAGCGAUAAAAUAUUAUUCAGAACAAAUUUUUUGUCGCGAGAAUGAUGCUACGUCAUACUAUAAACGUUCGAUAUAUGAAUGCGAAUUAAAACAAUAUGACCUCGCAUUGGAAGAUCUAGAGGAAGCUGUUGACUUGGAUAAGCGUGAAAAAACGUAUAUUGACAGGCGUAAUCGUCUCUUGUUUCAGCUAAAACGAGAGUCAAAUUUUCGGCCACUAUUUCAUUGGUUCUUCUACCCGUUUAUGUGGCUCUUUCAAAAAUUAUCUUGCCUUGUUAGCACAGCAGAUUUUAGAGAUCAACAGUUUAUCAACAAAAUAAGUAAUUCAGAUGAAGCAAUUGACACUGGAGCAUCUUUCUAUUAUGGAGAACAUGGUUUGGAGAAGAAUUUGGCUUUGGCACAGAAAUGUUGGUCGAAAUUUGGGAUGGAAAAAGAUCAAGAAAUAUAA